AACACAAAAAAUGGAAAACAAAUGGAGAAUUUUCAGAAAUCAGCAACAAAUCAACAAAGCAAAGUCCUGUACUAUGUUAUGCAAAAAGCAUUCAAAGCACCAGCAAUCGCCAGGGGUUUGCUCCAUUUGUCUAAGUGAAAAGCUCUCUAAGCUUUCAAAAACUUCACGUAGCAAUACUACAACCGUUACUUCUUCUUUUUCUUCAUCGUCAACUUUGUCUUCUUUAUCUUCCUCUUCCGAUGUUUCGUCGUGUUCUUCUCCGUCAUAUCGCAGGAUGAAAACUAUGGCUAUCUUGAGAAGUGGUAAUAAGAGUAAUAAUAUGCUUACAAAGAGUAGGUCAUUGGUUUUUGUUACGAGGAGGGGAGAAGGAGAAAUGGAGAAUAACGGGAAGAAGAAGAAAAGAGGGUUUCUGUCUAAAUUGCUGCAUCCAAGGAAAAACAAGAAGGAUGAGCGUUUGGUGCAUUCGAAAACUACUAGAGAAAGGCUAACAACAUGAUCAGAGUCUAAUUCAGAAUUAAUUUGAUUUAUUGGAAAUGAAAUCUAUUAUUUGUACUUGGUGAAUAUUUAAACAUAUAUACAUGAUCUGAUCCAAAUUCUGCUGGUUUCGAAUGAACUCGUAUCUUGCACACACUACAUCCACAAUAUGAUUCAUCAGAAUCAAUCACAAUAUGACUCAUCAGAAUUAAUGCAGCAUAUGAGAUCAUUUAGAAUCUCUUAUCUUCAUUUUAUUAAACCAUCAUAUAAUACGAUCUUUUUUUUCUCUCA